AAUAACAACUUAUUGAUUUUUGAAUCAUUUUCACAUAAAAAUCGAUAAGAAAUAGGCAUCGAUAUAGAAGAAGGAGAGUAAUAAGCACAAGAUGGAUCGAAAUUUCAAACUCCGGCAAAUGUUCAGCGAUUAUUUGGAUAACAAGAACUCGAACUCAACACAUACUCCGCCGGUUCGAGUGCAUUACCCGCUGAUCGCAACAAUGUCACCAGCGGAUAAGGCACGCUUCACAGUCAAAAAGAUCACCGAAGUUGAGGGUGAGGUGUUGGAUGCACCGUUGGAAAAUGCACACCCCGUAUUCUUCGCGGAGCCACAGUUUGAGCUACGGUGGUACAAUAAGCCGGAUUCUCUAGCCGGACGCUUUCAGACGAAUGCAGAAGCCGAGACGACAUCGAAACUUGCUCAACGCCUUCUGACGUUAUUCCUAAAAACGGAAAUGCUGGAAUCGGCAUUUUUCAAAUAUGAUGAUAUCCGUGCGAUUCGGGUCUUCUUUAUGGACGAUCGGGAGAUGGCAACUGAUCGACUUAUGGCAAUUCUCGACAAUAUUCUAUCAGUUUCCAUGACCAAAUUGGGGCAUUUUUCGGAUAAAAUGUCAGUCACUGUUGAUUAUGAGCUGAGGGCUUUUAUGUCCGAUCAGAAAAAGGCAAAGCGUCUCGUGUUGGAGGCAAUGCUCAAAUAUCCCGAAUUUAUACCAGACUCUUGGGGCGGCGAGUCGGCAAUUCUCAAGUGGAAGGAGAUGAAGGAGAUAGACGUUCGACGCCGCGAGGCUGACAUCAAGGAAAUGGCUGAGACCGAGCGGAAAGAGAAGGAGAAGGUGGAGAAGAACAAGAUGGAGAUGACGGAGAAGAUCAAGAAGAAGGAUGAGGAUGAGAAAGCAAAGAAGGAGAAGGAACGGAUCGAUAAGGAGGAGAAGAUCAAGAAAGAGGUCGAAGAAGCCGAGAAGAAAAAGAAAGAAGAGAAGGAGAAGCGUCGUAAAGAGGUGAAGAAGAAUCGCGAGGAGCAAUUGAGCAUCAAUCCGGAAAUGUCGAGAAACGAUAAGAAGGACGUGGUCGAAGAGAAGAGCUGCUUGGACAAAGGUGCCAAAGAUGCGCAGAAGAAGAAGAAGCAGCAGGAUGUCGUGGAUAAGAAGAAGGAGAAACGGAAGUUGAAGAAGACACGGACCAUGGAGGCAUCGAGAUCCCGUGAAGUGUCACACGAAGAACAUCACCAGCCUCCGGUACUUUCAACGCUAGCAACCCCAUCUCCAGUGCCAUCUCCAAGUGUUCCACCAACGGCUCCUCCGUCAACCCCACGAAAACCAAUGUUCGGUGCAGUCAGCCAAUUUUUGAGUGGCCGAAAGCGUCGUGAGCCAUCUGCGGAGAAAAUCGUUGAACCACCAUCGAAGAACUCUGCUGCAGCGACUAAGAAGACCGUGAGAAAAUAGCCCAAAAUUACACCAAUUUGAAAUCGGAAUAAAAUUUUCAAAACUUGACG